CGUUGUUGGUGUUUCCAGGGGACAGUUUACUUUGUAGCACCUCUGUCUGUUACAUCAGUUAGUGUUAUAAGUCAUUUCAGUUCACCUCUGGGAUCAUAGACAUGUUUAAUACAUGAGUAAAAUAACCGUUUUAAUGAUCUUUACAAAGCUAAUGCUAACGGCAAUCAAACCGGAAAAACUCACCUGGAUGGUUGUUUAUCACCUGGAUGACUCACUCUCUGUCAGGUAGAUUCCUCCUACAGCUGCAGCUGGAGAACGGCCAAUGAGAACGGUUGCAGUCCUCGGAGGGGGGAUCGGGGGUCUGGCAGCUUCGUACUACCUCAGCAAGAGCCCCCAGGUUACCAAGGUUGUUCUGUUGGAGUCCAGCGGGCGGUUUGGGGGCUGGCUGUGGUCCACCAGGAGGCCAGACGGUGCGGUUUUUGAACAUGGACCCCGAGGGAUCAGACCUGCGGGGGCCGUGGGACGAAACACGCUCAACAUGGUGGAGGAGCUCGGUCUGACAGACGAGAUUCUACCUGUCACCUAUGCUCAUGUCGCCUCUAAGAACAGAUUUCUGUACAUCAACAACCAGCUGCACAGGAUGCCUUCAGGGCCCAGCGGUCUCUUUCAGACCGUCCCGCCGUUUUCUCGCCCCCUCCUGCUGAGUGGCAUAAAGGAAAUCUUUAUGAAGAGAGGGAAGCAGGAAGAUGAGUCAAUCCAUGCAUUUGUUUCCAGGAGGCUGGGACAAGAGCUGGCCGACAUCGCUAUCGACAGUCUUUGUCGUGGCGUGUUUGCAGGCGACUGCAGGAAGCUGAGUAUUCGCUCCUGUUUCCCGAUCCUCUACAACGCAGAGCAGAGAAGGGGUUCCAUCAUACUGGGGAUGCUGCUGGGAUCAGGUCCAGGUCCAGAGGUCCGUCCUGGUCGUCUUGCUCAGCGGUCUCUCUCAGAGUCGUGGGCUCAGUGGUCUCUGAUCAGAGGAAUUCAGUCUCUCCCAGAGUCACUGGCAGACUUCCUGCAGAGGAGUGGGAAGGUUCAUCUCCACCGGGACGCCGCUGUGAGACAGGUCACACCGUCAGAGAGCGGCUGGAAGAUCCAUUUGGAGGAUGGCGUUGUAUCAGCUGAUCACAUUAUCUCUGCUCUGCCUGCUAAAGCUCUGUCCUCAGCCCUCCCCUCCUCCUGUCAGCCAAUCAUAGAGCAGCUGCAGGACAUCUCCAUGGUAACGGUAGCUGUGGUAAAUCUGCAGUAUGAGGGCUCCAUCCUUCCUGUAACGGGUUUUGGUCACCUGGUUCCUUCAUCAGAGGAUCGAGGUCUGCUCGGGGUUGUUUAUGAUUCUGUCCCGUUUCCUGAGCACAACCGACCUGAAGGACACACAACCAGACUGACAGUGAUGAUGGGCGGAGCCUGGUUCCAGGAAACAUUCGGAGACGUUGAUUCAGUAUCAGAGGAGGAUCUUUUAAAGAGAGCUACUGAGGCUGUGCAGACUCACCUGGGAGCAACGGUGGCACCGAGCUGGAGCAGAGUGUUCAUACAGAGGGAUUGUAUUCCCCAGUAUUAUCUGGGACACCAUCAAAAAGUAGAGUCCAUGCGCAGCUUCAUUAAGAAGAAUAACCUGCCGCUGUCUCUGAUUGGUUCAUCCUUUGAUGGCGUGUCUGUGAAUGAUGUCAUCUUCAGUGGAAGGAGAGCCGUGGAGGAGCUGCUGGGAGCUGUAGUGUGAUUAACACUGGAGUAUGCAUUUGACUGUUACUGUUUACAAAGAGUAGAAACAGGUGAAAUAAGUCUUCUUUAACUCCAGCACCAUCUAACAGCAUGGCGUCAGACUGCAGGAACAAAUGCCUCUUUAACGCCUCUAAGUUCUCUUAAAGCACAAAAUAUUUAAACCUGAUCUUCAGUCACUAAAGCUCGACUUCAGCUAAUGCUACAAACAGCUGUGAAUGUAAAAAUACUGUUCAGUUUUUUUGUUUAAAGUGCCACUGUGUAAAAUAAGUAAUUUUAUAUAGAGUAAUUUAAGUAAAAAGCUUGUUACUGACAUGUUUGUUGGUUUUUUAUUUACCUUACAUUGGUAUCAGUCUGGAUUUAACAGUUCCUAAACCGUCCAUUCAUGUAAAUAUGAUACCACUGAGUCUAUGGUCUUCAUCUGUAGUUUCCAGUCUUCUUCUAUGCAGCAUGAUGUUAGCUGAGUGAAUUAUGGUCUCACUUAAACAACAUCCUUGUUGGUCGUUUAGGUACCCAGGAGAAAUCCUUAAAGCUCUUCAAUGUGUAGUGAAUACAAUUUUUAUAUAUGAUAGCUCCGACUGCAUACAGAGGAGGUCUGGGGUGUCUUUGUCUGGACUGGAUUGGUUGUGCAGACGCACCGGCAUGUAUUAAAGACUGCUACAUCAGCUGACGCAUCUGCUAUAUUCUUAGUAAAUAAAAAGCAUGGGUUUAUGUCCGUCCAGCCUCACUCAGAGUGAUGGGGAUUGUG